AUGGACAUAAUGUUCCUGGAUGCAAAAAAGAAACGUGAAAGGCACGCCAACAAAGUCUCCGAGCCCUCACAAAACCUGGAUGCUUCCCUAGUAAAUGUGUCAAUUUUGGAGCUUGCGCAGCAUGAUGCAAGCAUAAAGGAGGAAAGGCUAAAGGAAGAUCUAGCUCUUGUUGAUGCAGAUACGGAAAACUUUGAAAAGAAAAUCAAGCAAUUGGAAAGUGAACUAGAUAAGACAACUUUAAGGAACUUAGAACUAGAAGAAGAGCUAAAAGUGAUCUUAGAGAAAUGUUCUGAGUACGAGGGUCUUGCCAACACAAAUGAAAAGAGACGUCUUGAGCUUGAAGGGCUCAUCCAAAUAGCAAAUUUCAAAACAGAGGUUGUAGAAUCAAAACGUGAAACAUAUGCUUUCAAGAUUUCUGAACUUUCGAGCAAGUUAGAGGCUUCUGUAGCAAAAGUGUCAAGUUUGGAGCACUCAUUGCAUGACACAAACACUAGGGCCCGUUUGAUGGGCGGGUGA